GCGGCAGUUCCUAGGCUGGGGCGCGCGGGUCAGGUCCUCACUGACUGCUGCGCACCUAAGCUGUCCGGCUUCGGGCUCCUAAGCCAUGGGCGACACCGACUUCGCGCCCAGCAGGGGCUCUUUACCGAGGUUCCUGGAGCACCUCUCUGGGGCUGGCAAAGCCAUCGGUGUGCUGACGAGCGGCGGGGAUGCCCAAGGUAUGAAUGCUGCUGUCCGUGCUGUUGUACGCAUGGGAAUAUAUGUGGGGGCCAAAGUGUACUUUAUAUGCGAGGGCUACCAAGGCAUGGUGGAUGGAGGUUCUAAUAUUGUGGAAGCACACUGGGAGAGUGUCUCCAGCAUUCUGCAAGUGGGUGGGACGAUUAUUGGUAGUGCCCGUUGCAAAGUUUUUCACUCAAGGGAAGGUCGCUUGAAAGCUGCUUUUAACUUGGUUCAGCUGGGCAUCACCAACCUGUGUGUGAUUGGUGGGGAUGGAAGCCUCACAGGGGCCAACAUCUUCCGGGAGGAGUGGAAUGGACUUCUGGAGGAGCUGGCUCAGAAUGGAGAAAUUGAUAAAGAUGCAGUGCAAAAGUACUCCUACCUCAAUGUGGUAGGCAUGGUAGGCUCCAUCGACAAUGACUUCUGUGGUACAGACAUGACCAUUGGAACAGAUUCGGCUCUGCACCGCAUCAUUGAAGUUGUUGAUGCCAUCAUGACCACUGCUCAGAGCCACCAGAGAACCUUUGUCCUGGAGGUGAUGGGGAGACAUUGUGGGUACUUGGCUUUAGUGAGUGCCUUGGCUUGCGGUGCAGACUGGGUAUUCCUUCCAGAGUCUCCUCCAGAGGAAGGCUGGGAGGAGAGCAUGUGCAUUAAGCUCUCAGAGAACCGUGCCCGAAAAAAAAGGCUGAAUAUUAUCAUUGUGGCAGAAGGAGCAAUUGAUACACAAAAUAAACCUAUCAGUUCUGAGAAAAUCAAGGAGCUUGUGGUAAAGCAGCUGGGCUAUGACACCCGGGUAACCAUUCUUGGGCAUGUGCAACGAGGAGGGACCCCUUCUGCAUUUGACAGGAUUCUGGCCAGCCGCAUGGGAGUGGAGGCAGUCAUCGCCCUGCUGGAGGCCACCCCAGAGACACCAGCCUGUGUUGUGUCACUGAACGGAAACCAGUCUGUACGACUGCCCCUGAUGGAGUGUGUGCAGAUGACCCAGGAUGUACAAAAAGCAAUGGAUGAGAGGAGAUUUAAAGAUGCUGUAAAACUCCGUGGAAGAAGCUUUGAGGGAAACCUGAAGAUAUACAAGAGACUUGCUAUCAAAUUGCCUGAUGACCAGAUCCCCAAGAGCAAUUGCAAUGUGGCUGUCAUCAAUGUGGGGGCACCUGCAGCUGGGAUGAAUGCGGCUGUGCGCUCAGCUGUGCGCGUGGGAAUUGCAGAUGGUCACAAGAUGUUUGCAGUCUACGACGGCUUUGAUGGCUUUGCCAAGGGCCAGAUCAAAGAAAUCGGCUGGACAGAUGUUGGAGGUUGGACUGGCCAAGGAGGGUCCAUUCUUGGGACAAAACGCAUCCUACCUGGAAAAUACAUGGAGAAGAUCGCUGAACAGAUGCGCAUCCAUAACAUCAGUGCCCUCUUGGUCAUUGGUGGAUUUGAGGCUUACCAUGCUGUGAUCAUGAUGGCUGAUGCUCGCGAUAAACACAAGGAGUUUUGCAUUCCUAUAUGUGUCGUGCCUGCCACUAUUAGCAACGGUGUGCCAGGCACAGACAUAAGUCUUGGUUCUGAUACUGGCCUGAAUGUGGUGGUUGAGACAUGUGAUCGAAUCAAACAGUCAGCCAGUGGGACGAAGCGGCGAGUGUUCAUCAUUGAGACCAUGGGAGGCUACUGUGGCUACCUGGCCAACAUGGGGGGGCUGGCUGCUGGAGCCGAUGCCGCCUAUAUUUUUGAAGAACCAUUUGAUAUCAGAGAUCUGCAGUCCAAUGUGGAGCACCUCACAGAGAAAAUGAAGACCACCAUCCAGAGGGGUCUUGUGCUCAGAAAUGAAAGCUGCAGUGAAAAUUAUACCACUGACUUCAUUUACCAGCUCUACUCAGAGGAAGGCAAAGGAGUGUUUGACUGCAGGAAGAACGUGCUGGGCCACAUGCAGCAGGGGGGAGCACCUUCCCCAUUUGAUAGAAACUUUGGAACCAAAAUCUCUGCUAGAGCUAUGGAGUGGAUCACAGCAAAACUGAAGGAAGCUCAGAGCAAAGGGAAAAAAUUUGUUACUGAUGACUCUAUUUGUGUGCUGGGAAUAAGCAAAAGAAACAUCCUUUUCCAGCCAGUGGCAGAGCUAAGGAAGGAGACUGAUUUUGAGCACCGAAUUCCCAAAGAACAGUGGUGGCUUAAACUGCGGCCUCUCAUGAAGAUCUUGGCCAAGUAUAGAGCAAGCUAUGAUGUGUCUAACUCAGGCCAGCUGGAGCACUUGCGGCACCAUGGCACCCAUGGGGAGCCUGCAGCUAUUUGAACAUCACUUGCCAACCACCAGACCUACACACACACACAAACAGGAAGGCCUGAACAUUUCUGGGGGCCAUCCUUUUGUAACAUUUAAGUUAAUUUAUUAGCACUUUAUGAAAAUAUUGUUGGUCAAGUAUUGUUGGCAAUAAUACUUAAUCAGAAAGUACCACUCCCUUUCGUUACUCUCAUCCCAAUCAGAUCCUGAGAUACAAAACGUAGCAUCACAUGCUCAAAUCAGCAUCCAAUGUCUACUGUCCCUGUACUGUCUCGAGCUUUACCAUGUGUGUAACUAGUGGAAUUAAACAUUUGGUUACAUCUCC